CUCCUUGUAUCCUUCUUUCCUUCCGCGAGUCCUCGAGCUUUCUUGCGGCCUCCAGCGUGGGAAAGUGAAGAGAAUUUAGCUGAAAAUAGAAAAAAAAACACUAAAAACAGAAUACCAUAGGCUUUCCCCCAAAGCAAGCCCUGAAAAUACCAGACUUCACGAGGAUACCCUAGGAUAACCCCCCCCCCCCCUUAGGAUACCGUCGCAGGAUCCCUUGGGAAUUAAGCCCGCGUAGCGAUACGGCCGUGGAUCUCGUAGGACCUCGGUAGGAUUCCUUCGAGGGCUGUGUGAGCCGAGUCCCAGGAGAUGGCCGAGGGCGUUGUGUUGUUGGGGCCGAGCGGGGGGGAGCCCGUGGCGCACAGGACGAGGGGCGCGCUCGAGGAGAUCCCCAGGCCGGCCACCGUCACCCUGAGGCAGACAGGAAAUCCAGCAAAUGGCCUCACCUGGUCGGCAACUGUCAACCUCCCUUCCUCAUACCUCUCCCCAACGCCUUCACCUGAUGAGCUCGUAAUUCGUGGUAGGGGCCGGAGAUCCCUCCCUCUAGAGUGGUCUCCAAUCCCUAUAGAGAGUCCUGUGAAGCGCAUGGAGAAAACCCCCCUCAAGAGGUCUCCGGGCAAAGGCAUGAUUGUCCUCCGAUCUUCUCCGAGAAAGAGGCUGCAACUCAGCGACACCCCACCCAAGGAACUCCUGGAGAGUAGACGGAUGAUGAUGCAGAUGUCACCCAUUGUAAAGAAAUGCCGCAGUUUGACAGUCUCGCCUGUUCAGUCUCCACCAGAGGUUGCUAUAAAGGGACUGACGCAACACCAGCUGGUUGAUGUUCUCAACAGUGUCUUGGAAAGGCAUCCGGAGCUAAAAGAUGAGAUAUCUGACAUCCUGCCCCAGCCUGACUUGAAGCAAAUGGAAGAGAAGCUGAACCAGCAGAAGAAGUGCAUCUUCAAGGCACUGCCAGUAUCCCGAUUAGCCUCCAAGACAGACUCUCCUGCAUAUAACAAGGCAUCUCCCCAUUUGUCAAAUUUCAAGAAAACUGUACAGGAGCAGUGCACCCAGCUGGCUGAGGCUGAGCAGUGGGCAAGCCUCAUUGACUACGCUCUCAUCGCAUGGUCGUACGUCCGUGCAACACCCCAGUGGGAUGCAUCUCAUCACAACAACACCCGGCGCUUCUGCUUCAAAACCCUCGCUCAGCAUUGCCUCCAAGGUCUCAAGGAGGUCAAAUGGAACAGGGAUCAGCUGGAGAACUUGUUGAAAAAGCUUGAGCAGUGUCGCUCAGACCACGAUGAGGUGGAGCACUGCAUCGAGCAUGUGCAGACAGUUCUGAGCAAUAUGCAGUAACAUGUAAUGGAGGUCACUGCAGGGGGAUACAAGAUGGUAGUUUUGUAGGUUGUAUCUGGCCAGCCAUCUCUGGUGAAAGAUGCUAGAUGGUCACAGCAAAGGGAGAGAAUUCUCUUGUAUAUAUUUUUUUCUGGAAGACCAUUAUUUGAUUGUAUACAGAAAUGAAGAGAGUAAGUACUGCCUGUAUUUGCCCAUGUAUACAGAUUUGCUAAACUAUGACGCUGAAUUUGACUUUUAUGCAGAAUACAGAGAUGCUAGCAUGCCACUACAAAGGUUCCUUAACAUACGCUUCAAAACUUAUUUCAAAGGUGUGCUCGUCACAGUGCACUUACUCGCUAUAAGGUUACAAAGGGGAUGUCUGUGUUGAAUAAAGGCCAGCAUUGAUCUACUUCACAGAAUCCCCUGUAGGUACACUUUCCAUGUAUUUUUUAUGUAUGGUUCAAAUUACUGCAAAGGUACUUUUGAAGUCAAUGAGGUGAUUUUGCAAUGAUUUAUACAGUAACCUUUGUGGAGAACAUUAUAUUGUAGGAUGUAAAUUGGAAAGGUACUUAAUAGAUAAGAAUGAAUAAGUAAUACAAUGUUAUGAAUUACUGUAUUGUUAUUGAAUCUAACAAUAAGCUGAAUUAUUUGAAGGUUUCUUCUCAAAAAACAAAUGGGCAGUUUCCUUUAAAUUUUAGCUAUUUUUAAGUCAUUUAUAUGUAAGUUAUUUUUGUAAGUGUCAAAGAUUUAAGAAGAGAAAGGUUACACAUUCAUAUUUAGAUAGUUUGUAGAAUUAUUUUGCAUCUCGCCAUUAUUUUUAUAACUUUUCAUACACUUUUUUUUAGUCUUCAGAAAUCCUUUGACAAAGUCAUUAUUGAAUACCGUUUAACAAACUGGCAUAAAACCCGUCAUUCUGUAGUUGCGUUAAGUAGAGCUCUAUACCUUCAAUGUACAAAUUUAUUUAUAUGUAUAUGGAGUGCACAUUUACGCCAGAGAGAACUGGUGAUCUUGAAGAUGAAACAAGGUGCUUCUUGUUAUGUGGCUACUAUGAUGACAAGGUAAAAAAUUGUAUGGACUCUCUCUACAGAGACAAUACCAAAAGGUGCAUUCCAAGUAGAAGAAAAACAGGGAAAUUAUAUACACAGGAAUACAGUGAAUUAUAAUUUUGGGGGGCAGGUUUAUGCAGCUGUGUAAAGGAAUUGUUUUUAAAAUGAAAAGUUUAUUAUAUAAAAAAGAGGUUAUUUUGCUGCUACAGUAAUAUACCCUAUUUAUUUAUAUAUGCUGUCAUGAACAAGAGUUUUAAUUUGAUCAGACAUGGAAAAAAAAAUUAGUAGGUUUAAAAAAAGGUAAAAAGAAUAUAGGCUGCCGUUUCCUGAUGUUUUCCAAUAUAUCUUGUAAGAGUGCCUUGUUCUAAAUUGUGAUAAUGAUAACUGUGUGCUCAACAUUUUAAUGUGUAGGGUAGAGUUAUUAUGUAAUGAUUGUAUAAUGGAGACUUGAUUUUA